AUGGAUGCUUUGAAAGAGCUAACAGAAAAAGGACUGGUCGCUCCCGUUUAUCCUGCUUAUCAAAACCUGAGACAACGCGUUGACAACUUUGUUUCCAAUCAUCUGGCAACUCAUACUUGGAGUCCUCAUCUCAACAAGAAUCAGUUGAGAAAUAAUAUUAGGCAGCAGGUUCUCAAGUCUGGAAUGUUGGAGUCUGGAAUUGACAGAAUUAUUUCUCAGGUUGUGGAUCCAAAGAUCAACCACACUUUCAGACCUCAGGUGGAAAAAGCUGUUCAUGAGUUUUUAGCCACAUUAAAUCACAAAGAGGAAACAAGCCCGAGUGCAGCCCCUAGUGAGGAAAAAGGAGAUGCUUCUAUCACAGUGCAAGGUGUUUCUGCUACAGCUCCUAGUACUAAUGUAGUUAGUGAUGCCAUGUCCAUUUUGGAAACAAUAACUUCUCUUAACCAGGAAGCAAGUGCUGCCAGGGCUUCAACAGAGAAUACAAAUUCCAAGAACAAUGACAGAACUUCAAAAAGACUCCCAUCUCAACAGAGUGUUGAUGAUAGCACAGAGAGAGAGCGGAACUCAGAAGAGUUAGUAGAACAAGAGAAACCCAUUCACUCAGAAGGAAGUGAAAUAGUUGCAAAGUGUGAAGAUUUAAAUGAUCUCCCUUGCCCAAGUGAAGAAAUCAAAAAUUCAACGAAAGAUGUUAGCAAUUUAAUUAAUCCAGGCAAAGAACUUCUACAAGAAAGUGAUGAUCAGAAAAGUAAAUUAACAGAUAAAGGUGACAGGAAACCAGAGAGCACUGAGAAAGGGGAAAGAAGAAAAGAGAAAAAAGAAAAGAAUGACAAGAAGUUUGACCAUUUAAAGAAGAAUGAUGAUGCCCUAAAAGCAAAAGAAGAGAAGCAAGUGAAAGAAAGGGAGGUGGAAUCAGUAAAACAGCUGAUUCCUGAAAAAAACAGCAGUAAACAGAAGAUAACAGAAGGUACAAAUGAAGAACAUAUUUUUGAUGACUCAGACGUGGAUUUACUCAGUGAUAUCACUGUGAGCUCUGUCCACACCAGUGACCUCUCUUCCUUUGAAGAAGAAAGUGAAGAAGAAGCUGUAGUUUCCGAUAGCACUGAAGAAGGAGAGAUCACAUCAGAUGACGAAGAAGAGCAAAACAAUCAGAGUAAAACAAAGCCUCAGACUAAUGAACUUAGCGAUUGGAAGGCCAAACCAGUCCGCCAUGCAUAUGUUCACAAACCAUUUCUGUACUCCAAGUACUACAGUGAUUCCGAUGAUGAACGGACAGUAGAGCAACGUCGUCAGUCUAUUGCCAGAGAAAAAGAAGAGAGACUCUUAAGGAGGCAAAUUAAUAGGGAGAGACUUGAAGAGAAGCGUAAACAAAAAGCUGCAGAGAAAACAAAGUCUCUGAAAAGUGGGAGUCAGCGUAUUGAAGAUAAGAGUGGCCUGAACUUGGAAGAGUCUUCAACAAAAGAUUUUGAAUCAAAAGUUACUGGUACCAGCAUUAAGGAUGUUCUUAAAGAGCAGAAGUUUUUAGAAAAAAAAGUAGCCCUGAGCAGGAAAAGAAAAAGAGAUUCAAGGCAUGUUGAAGAUAGCUGGAAAAAGAAAUGUGAACAUCCUGAAGAAGAUUCCAAAGAAUCACAAAAGACAAAUGAGACCUGUGAAAAAACCUCUUUGAAGGAUUUGAAACAUAAUCAUGGAAAAAGUGAAGCAACCAAGCCUGUUAGAAGAGUUUCAGAAUCAGUACAUUCAACUGAGGAAAGCAAAAAUGAUCCUAAAGUGGAAAGAGAACAUAAAAGAAAACUAUCUACCUCGCUUCAGAUAGAAGGGACCCAGCAGGACACUGAAACAAAGGAUCCUAAAAAGCAGCUGGACAGAGCAGAGACGGGUACUGAUGAACUGCAGAAGCAGAAGUAUGCCUUUAAAAAUGAAAAACAUCUUAAAAAAGAUGAUACAGACAUUCAAAAUAUAAAAAGUAUUCCCAAGAAAGAACUGAAAUCAUGUCGAGAGAAAAAUGAAAAAGAGAGAACUCUUUCAGAAGAUAAAUUGGCAGUAAAACAUAGGUAUAAAGGAGACGGUUCACAUAAAGUAAGUGAUGAAAUAGACAUUCAUUCUUUUGAGAGAAGCUUGAAAGGAGAGGAUAAUAUACAAAAAUAUAAUCAACAAACAAAACUUCCAUCAGAUGAUAAAUUUGAAAAAAAAAAUAAACACAGAAGCGAAAGGAAAAUAUCAACAGCUAGCAAAGAUGGAAAAAAUGUUUCUGAAUACACUUUAAAAAAUGAAGAAAUAUUACGUAAAGAAAAUAACAAAAAAGACAGACACAUUUCUACAGAAAAGUCAAGAGCAGAAUACAAAUCCAAAAGAUCAUCAAGUGAUUCUAGGCCACAGAAGGAUUCUCAGGGUAAUUCAAAGCAACCUGUUUCUUCAUCACAGAGGAGAAGUGAAAGUUAUUCAGAAGAUAAAUAUGAAAUAGAAUCAGCUAAUUCAGAUAGUAAUUUAAAGCAAGAAGAUAGUAUUCACAGAGACAGACGAAGAUCGAAGAGCUUCUUAGAAGACAAGUCUUCUAAGUCUAAAGCUAAGUGUCACAGUAAACAGUCCAAACCAAUUGAAAUAGAAUUACAAGAAAGUUUUACAAAACACGAAACUAGUCAAAAACCAGACAAAGAUAAGAAUAUGGAAGAAAUGGACACAGAUAAACAACGCAAAUCCAGAAAUGAAGAUAAAGUUUUUGACGAAAGCAUUGUUGAUUUUGAGCUAGAAAGUGAGAUGCACUCAGUUCAUAGUUCACAAAAAGACUUUAGCCGCAGAGUUAAAUUACAAGCAGGAGAAAAAUCUGUAAAAGAGAAAUAUAAGAGUGAUAAAGAUUUAAGUUGUGCCAAAAUAGAAAAAAAGCUGUCAGUAGAGGGUCAGAAAAGCAGAAACUUAAAGCAUAGCAAUAAAGAAAUGAAAAAGAAGGAAGAGAGUAACAAAUUGGAGGACAAAGAUAUUAAAGAAAUGGAUGGUAGCCAUGAAAAGGUGCAAGGAAUUGUGAUUAUGGAUAAAAAGUCAAGUAAGAAAUUACUUUGUGAAAAUAAAAAAGGAAGUUUGUUAGCCCAUGAAAUUACAGUAGAAGAGGAAAAAUUAGCAACUGAAACAUUUGUAACCAGCCACAUUCCAGCCAUUCAAACACCAAUCAGGACUGCUGAUAACUCAUUAAAUUCUGAACAAGUAGAAGAGCCAAUGGAAAUUGAUUCAGAGCAGUCUAAUGCAAAGGUAAAUGAAGCAUCUAAAACUGAAGAAAAAAGCAGUAGUAAUUCACUACUGGACAGGGACUCUGAAAAUAUUGUAAAAGAAAAUAUGAACCUACAUAGCUCCAACAAUGAAAUCAAAAACAGGUUGGUAGAUUUUGAAAUGUGUGUGUCAGAGUUUACAGCUCCAGUUGACAGAAAUUCUGAACAAAGCAUUGAACAUGAAACAAAUCCUAUUAAAGGAGUUGAUGUCUUAGAUACUGUGUUCAGACAAACUUCUGAGGAGCAAGGACCCAUUAAACAGGGGGCGUAUCAAAUGAACAUUGUGUAUGAAACAAGUGGCAGAAUUUUACUUAAUGCUCCUAUUAAGGAGCAGACUUCAGAAGAUGCCAGACAGCUAAAAAAUGUAAACAAUGUAGUCAAUCCUAUUGAAGAAAAUGUUUCUUUAGCGAUUAAUUCAUCCGGACAAGAUACUUCCCAUAAAAAGUCCAUGGAUAUGUCUUGCUCAGACUUCACAGACUCUUUGCCGAAUUUGGCUGAAGAGGAAUCUUGUGUCUUGGAUAAGAUUUAUUUAAAUAAAGAGUCCUUUAAUUUAGACAAUAAUGCAACACAAAUUGCACAUGUGGAACAGGGUAGCCCUGUGCAAGGUUGUGUUAUGAAAGAAAGUGAGGUUACCAUGGUAGUUGCUGAAGAAAAAGGUAGUGAGACUCAUCUAAUUGGUGUACAAGUAGUCGGAGAGAACAUGGGUGAGGCAAGUAUACAUGAUGAUGAUCAAAUGGCUGGGUUAAAUAGUGUGCAAGGAAGAAAUGAGUAUAAUGUAACUGGGGAAACAGAAGGCAAAAGCUUGAUGACUAACCAAGCUGCAGAUCAUACAGGUAUAAGCAUGAAAAAAUCUGUCUUAAUGAAAGAAAGUGGCAACUUAAAUAUAGGCCCUGCUGCAGAGCAAGAAAAGGAUGCCAUAGUGGAUGUUAUCAAAAAGAGUGAAGGACAUGAUAUGGGUGGCACAGUAGACUCUUCUUUGGAGCCAGUGUCUAUUAAUGUUGUAAGAGUUUCAGAAGAAAUAAUUAAAGACUCUGUAGUUCAUGGCGCAGAAGAUGAUGAUGACAUAAUUAACACUGAAGAUAAAAAUGAAAGCAAUGCCGUGGGCACCAGUGCAGGAAGUGUUGAUCACGUAUACAACAGACUAGACACAACGGAGGCCACUGCAAUAGGAACUAGCACAGAGGAAAUGCUUGAGAGCACUGUAAUGGCCACUAGUACUGGAGAAGGAGAAGGUGAGCGUGCUGUGAUACAUUCUGAAAAGGAAAGUGAUGCCACAACUACUUGCUCAGAAGAAAGUGAGGUUACUUUAAUCUGUUCCAGCAUAGAAGCAGAUGAAGGGUUAACUGCAAGUAUAUGGGCAAAUAGUAAUGAAGGUGUCAGUUUCAGCACAGAAGCAGAUGGUGAGUGUACAGUUGCAGUAGCUGAAGAAAGUGGUGGUGGUGUCACUGGAGGAUUUGCAGAAAGUGAAAGUUUCCUGACUAGUACAAAGGAAGGAGAAAGUGGUGAGUGCACAACGAUUUAUACAGAAGAAAAUGGUAAAGAUUCAGUAAAUGCAGGCAGACUAGAAAUUGAGGACAACGUGAACAGUGCUGGGACAGAAGAAAAAGAUGAUGCUGUAACUAGUGCAGGCUCAGAAGAAAAGUGCAAGACUUCAACUUGUAGACAUACGGACAAAUUUGAAGGUUCUGUUACCUGUAUAAGUGAAGUUGAAAGUGAUGGUGCUGUAACCAGUGCAGGCACAGAUGCAGGUGAAGGAUCCAGGAGCAUCAACAAUUUAGAUGAAUUCCAGAACAAUGUAACUGGUGCUGGCCAAUUAAAAGAAAGUGAGGGUGCUGUAACUUGUACAGGUGCAGAAGAAAGAGGUGAUGGCUUCAUAAUUGGCUCAGUGACUUGUGCAGAUGCACAAGAAGACAGUGCUGUGACUGGUGCAUGUGUCAAAAUGACCAUGAACAAGAAUACCAUGACUGGAACAAGUGCUGACAAAGGUGAAGAUACUGUGAAUGGUGAAAGUGCAGUGACUAGCACGGGCAUAACAACAGAAGAUGAUGCUGAGAUUGCAACAGUCUGCACAGGACUGGAAGAUAGCAAUGAAGGUUUUGCAGUUGGCUUAGAUAUAGAAAAAUGUGAAAGUGCAAUGGACAGUACAAGACCAAAAGAAGAAGCUACUAUCCCUAUGAUCUGCAUAGGGCCCUGUGAUGAUGAAGCCUUUGUGACUAGUACAGGUGCAAAAGAAGAGGAUGAAGAAGGUGAGGGUAUUGUGACCAGUACUGGGAGAGAAAAUGAAGAAAUAGAGAAUGCUUCAACCUGUACAGGAAUAGAAGGUGAGAGUGCACUCAUUUGUAUAGGUGCAGAAGAAAGUGAAAGUUCCAUUAUCUGCAUAGUUGCAGAGCAAGUAGAAGCUGAGUCAGGCGUGGCUGCCACAAAUAUAAAUAAAGAUGAUGGAGUUGAUAGCAAUACUGGUGCAAAGAAAGAAGCUAAUGGUGGCAUAAUCAACAAAAGAGCAAGAGGGAUAGUUGAGAGUAGUGUGACAAGUGCAAACAUAGAUGAAGAUGCUCUAAUCCCAAAUACAGAAAAAGAUGAGGAUGUGAUGUCUAUAGAUGUUGAAGAGUAUGAGGAUCCAAUGACUAGUGCAGUGACAGAUAAAGAUCAGUUUGCUGCUGCAGCUAAAGAAGAGAGUGACAGUGGUGCUAAUGGAAGUCAUGGCAGUGAAUGUGAGGGUGCCAUAACCCAUGCAGUCACAAAUGAAGUUGAGUCUCCACCUGCUUCUACUGAGAGAGUAGAAAAAACUAAAGGUGAUGUGAUCUCUACCAGUACAGUAGAAGGUGAUGCUCCCAAACCAUGUUCAGCCACAGAAGUUGAAGAAGGUUCCCUCACCAUUUCAAGAACAGAUGAAAAUGAAAGCACUGUCUUACUAGACAGUGAAGAAUUUGAGACUCCCAUGCCUAGUACAGCCACAGAAUUCAAAGACACUGCACAUACUGCCAGCAGUAAACAAGCAAAAGAUGAGUGUACUAUGAUUUCCACAAGUAUUAUGGAAGAAUUUGAGGCUCCUAUGUCCAGUGCAGCUAUGGAAUAUGAUAGUCAGUUCACUGCUACAAGAACAGAAGAAGUGAAUGAAAGUACUGUGUUUUGUAUAGGCAUGGAGAUAUAUGAGGUUGCCAUGCCCAGUGCUUCCAGUGCUGGAGAUGACCAGAAUCAUCCAACUGCAAGCAGCAAAGAAGAAAAAGAUGAGUGUGCUAUGAUUUCCACAAGUAUAAUGGAAGAACAAGUAAUUCUCAUGUCCAGUGAAGCCACAGAGGAUAGGAUUCCACAUCUUGCUGCAGGCGCAAAAGCAAAAAGUGACGCUUCCAUGAUCUCUACAAGUAUGGAAUAUUUUGAGGCUCCUAUGCCCAGUGCAGCCACACAAGAUGAGGAUCAGCUCACUGCUUCAGAAACAGAGGGAAGACUGGAUGCUGCCAUAAUCACCAGAAGUGGGACAAAAGAAUGUGAUAUAGUCUUGAUCAGUGCAGCCACACAAGCUGAAAGUUCAUUCAUUGCCGUAGAAACAGAAGAAAAAGAUGAGGGUUCCAUGAGCUCCCCAAAUGUAGCAGAAGAACCUAAGGUGAUUGAUACCAGUGCAACAACAGAUGAGCGGUGUGAGCUAACUGCUAUAAACCCAAAAGGAAAAAAUAGUGGUUCUAUGAUUUUUGUUAGGGAUGUGGUAGAAUGUGGGGCUCCAGUGCUCAAAGUUGCCAGCAGCAAUGAAGAUCAACACGUUGCUUCAAGUAUAGAAAAUAAAGAGGAAGGUACUGUGAUUGCUCUCAGUACAAUGGAAGACUGUGACAGUCUUUUCACCUUUGCAGUCAUAGAAGAAAGCCAGCUCAUUGCUACAAACACAGACGUAAAAGAUGAAAAUGAUGUCCUAGUUAACAGUAGCAAAGAAAUUGAAUGCAUCCUGUCAUCUACAUGCGCAGAAAAAAGUGAUAGUUCUUUGCCCAGGGGUGGUAGAGAAGGAGAUAAUAGCAUGGAUGGAGGAGAAAGGGAGAUUCAUGAGAAUGUUGUAAUGGGAAAAUCAGUAGUAGCUAAGAUCACAGCAGACGCUGAUGUUUCAGAAACAGCUGAGACUACAGUGAACCUCAUGAGUGUAAAUGAAGCCCUCUGCAUGGAGAUCAGUACAGGUUCUACAGUCAUUGUUAGCCCUUCUACAGAGAUGGCUGCAGGUAGUGAAAGAGCUGACGAGUAUAUUCCUUUAGUGGAUGCUACAUCAAAACCUUGUAUUCCUUCAGAAGAAGCAAUGAGAAAUCAUAAUUUUGAAAACAUAGACUAUAAUGUUAACAGUAGCUUAUUAGAAAGUGACUUUUCUGAAAUAAGGACUCCACUUCCUAGGGCACAGACUCUUUCACUAAUUUCUGAACAUGUAAGCAAAUUGACAGUAAAUACGAAUCAAGGUGAAAUAACUGUAGACGCAAAACUGGGAGAAAAGAGUGACUUCCCUGUCUCUCAUAUGGAUAAACAAUUUGAGAAUGAUGGCGAAAGGAACUCUACUGAACUAGGUGAUGAUCUUGGAAUCAAAGUUUCUUUUCAACAGAAUACAAGCUUCCAUUCAGACAAGAAAGAAAUUUUACCAAGCUUGGCUAAAGAACUGGAACGGAAAACAAACUCAAAAACUGAAGAGAAGUCUAGAAAUCCAAUGAGGGAAGAACCACAUGAGGAGUCCCAUACAGAGUAUCUAAAAGAUUUGCCACUGAAGAAUGCUGCUUUGAAGAAAGACUCUCUCGAUGUGGAAAACUCUGACACACACAGAGUUGAUGAGGGUAGCUGCAAAGAAAGAAAAUCUAAACCUUCAGUGACCACAAGUAAAGAAACAGCGCAGGAAACUUCAAAUACCCUGGACAUGAUAGAAGCAGAAAAAGUACAGAUUAAAAUAAAAGAUCAAGAGAUAGAAAUACCUCAUCGGGAAAAAGUAAGCAGCAUGCCAGGAAUGGGAAAAAAACAAUCGCCUGAUUAUGAGGGUGAAUCAGAUGAUCGGACAAUUACUCAGGAUUUGAGAAAAGGAAACAAACCAAGUCAGUGCUCCAGAAUAAAAGAUACCAAGGAAGUGACCUCUGGAGACAUACCUGAGGUAUCCAAAGAAAUCAUUAGGAAACGCACACUUCUUUCAAGUGCUGUGGAAGAAAAAGAUGAGUUCAUCAGCGAGCAAGAGACUUGUGAAAAAGCAAAGCAGAAUCUGGAGACUAAUUUAAGUUCUGUAGAGGAAAAUCAAACUGUAAUAGUUAAGCGGAAAAGAGGAAGGCCUCGUAAAUACCCUCUUGAAGCAGUACAGAAUAGGGUGGAUUCAGAAGCUGACAUAAACACUGGGAAUGUUCAACCAUCUCCAACCUUUGCAACUAGAGGAAAGCUUUCUCAAACAGCCAAAGACACGUCUAAUAAGAAAGAAACAGCUAAUGAGAGUGAAGCAGGGAAAGCAGAAAUGAUUGUGCGUCGAAGAGGAAGAAAGCCCAAAUGUUCUGUGAUUCCAUCAGAGGAAACUGAAACACUGGAGCCGGAAAAAAAACGUCGGAAGUUGGCAUCUGCUUCUGAAGAUGAAGUGAAAGAACAAGAGGAAGAAGAUGAAGAUGCUGCUGAUGAUGAUGAUGAUGAUGAAGCACAUUCUGGAGCCACUACUAGAUCAGCCACAAGAUUAGAGGCUCAAAGAAAACAGCCAAGCAAGCCAACUACCCGUGCGGCUUCUAAAGGCAACAGUCCAAGCUCUGUUUCUCCUAGAAAACACCAAAAUUCAGCAGCAAAAAAGAGGUUGCCUAGUGAGGCAAAAAUUAGCAAGUCUCCUCCAUUGGCACAGUUAAAGAUGCAGGCUGCUAGCAAGCGUAAAAGGGAAGCAAGCCCACCAGUGGUACGCAGAAAAGGCCAGCUGAAAGUGGACGAAACACCAUUAAAGAAAACAAAGCGAUAAUUGUUACCAUCUGAGAGAAUUCAUGGAAAAGUUCAAAAAUAAGAGCGAGGUCUCUGUUUUUGUUUCAUUCAGUUGCGUUAAAGCAAAGAGAUUUGCAUGUGCUUGUUUCUGAGCUCUAAGUUAAUAGGUGCAGAACUUAAGUUACAUUUUAAACAGCUUUACAAACUUGUUUAUAUUUAAUAUUAUACAGAUUUAAAGUAAGUAUACUUUGUAUUUGAAAGAAAAACAAAGUAAUUCCAUAUAUUAACGGUGACUCAGAAAGUUGGGAUUUCCCAGUGUGACAUGCUAAUACAGAUGCUUCCAAUCUACCAGGCACCAAGGGCCUACUAAUAUUCUUUGUACAUAAACUUGUAAAAAUAGGUUGUAUUUUACUGUGUAUUAAUCUAAUCAACGAUGAACAUUUUAUUUAUUGUAUGGAGAGGACUGGUCUGUAAACUUUAGUAAAUACCUUAGGUUUUAUUAAUGAUAUUUUAAAUUCUAUGCAGCCAUUAGAAAGGCUGUCUAAAAUCUGAAGUUCUCUGAAAUAUGCUAUGACAGUUGGUAUUCUUUCGCAUGUAUUGAAGUAGAAUAGCAUAGUAAAGGGGGGAUGCUCUUCCUUAUCUGUUCACAUUCAUAAACAUGUACAAAAUAGACAAUGUCAUUUUCAGAUAACAUUUUCAUCUCUGAAUCUAGUACCAACCUCACAGUAGUAAUUAGUACUAGUUUAGGUUUACUGAGAACAUUUCUGCCAAAACUAUUCUCAAGUACAAAUUGCUAUGUUUUGUUUCACAACUUAACUACUCUUUCAGUAUUUGUCUUUUUCAAUGAAGAGGGACCCAUAGAAGUGAUAUUUAACUUCAAAUAACUAUGGCGCUUCAGCAUUUUAUGUUACAUUUUAUACACAAGUAUUAAAAAAGUAGAAUUUGGUAUUAUUUCCAGAAUCCUCUUUUUAAUAUAUAUUAACUCUCAUACGAGCAAAUGUUCAAGUUAAGUUUUACAUAAAGUUAAGCUUUUCUUAUGAUCAAAUUUGUCUCUUGUAAUGAUAUGAGUUGCCAAAUAAUCUGAGAUUAUUUUAAAAUGUUUUGUUCAUAUUCUUAUGUUUUAUAAUUAAAAUAAGCAUUCUGUGGG